AUGGAUCCCUUUAACAUGAAUAUGAUGAAUUAGAAGUUUGACAUGUCGUUAGCUAAGUCUAAAUCAAACCCAAAUUAAUCAACAAGUAUUUUCCAGCCUGCUGAAAACGAUGAAUAUACUUUGCCAAGAGCAACUCUGACUCAGAUUAUAAAAGAGAUGCUGCCAAAUGAUACAAGGAUGUCUUGCUAGUCAUCUGAUUUAAUCAUUCAGCUCUCAAUGAACUUUUUACAUUACAUAUCUGAUAUGUCGAAUAAUGUCUGCAAUGAGGAGGGUAAGAAAACAAUAACACCAUCUCAUGUCGCAAAAGCCCUCAAAGACCUGAAAAUGGACACAUAUCUCUCACAAAUCCUUCAGCUAGGUAUAGACGAGGGCAAUGAAGUAUCAUUGAAUGAAAAAUAAACUAAGGACAUUAUUAGCUAAAAAAUGAUGGGAAAUCAGGGCGGAAAAAAAAAGAAGAAGCGAGGAGGAAAAGGCGGCUUCGAUAAUGGAAUGACUGAGGAGGAGAUGAUUGCUGAACAGAAGAGAUUAUUUUAGAAAGCUAUAGAUUACGAUUAUGAUGAUGACGAAGGAGAAAAUGGUGCUGACUAUUAAGGAAAUGCCGGACCUGGGGUUGGAUAGUAUGCAGGCAUGACAGAGGAGUAAUUAUAAUAUGCUCAGACAAUGUAUGAAGAAAAUCAAAGAUAGCAGAUAUUCUAGUACGAGUAGUUCUAAUAGUAGCAAUUUCAGCUAUAAAUGCAACAUUAAAACGGAAUUCAGCCAGAUACCUAAGUCAAUACUAACGCAUCCUCCUUUGCUUAGAAUAUUUAAGCAAACUAAACAAAUUUGUCAGAAAAUAAACUCUACUAAGACUAUAACCUCCAAAUGCAGAAGAUGAAGUCAUAAAAGGAAGUAGAAGAGAUGAACUUCGACGAGGAUGAUGAUGAGAAUUGA